UAAAACACAAUUUUAAAAUUUUUUUAUAUAUUAAUAAAAUUAUAUAUAUAUUGUUUUACAAUGUUUAAAUAAUAUUACUUGUGCAACUACGAGCCAAAAUCUAUAUAUCAUUAAUCUUUUAUAUAAAAUAUUGUUAUUUUUAUUUUUUAGAAUUAUCUUAGUAAUAACAUCGAGACAACUAAGUUUUUAUAGAUAUUAAAGAAAUAUAAAAAUGUCAUUAACAAAAGGUUCAAUUGAACAAAAUAUUAGGCAACACUUUAAUGAUGCUCAAGCAUCAACAGCAACGCAUCGGAAGUUAGUUAAUUCAUUAUUACAUAUUCAUGAAGGACAAGCAAAAAAAGGAUUAGAGGAAGAAAUAGAAUUUACUAAAGAAUUCUUAAGAAAUAUUUUUAGAAUCUUACCCUUAAAAAAAAAAGAGCUGACAGCAGAUCGUAUUAUUAAGUUUUGUGCACAUUAUAUUCAACAUAUUCAAGAUAAAAUGAAAAAAUCAGAAACAUGCAAGCAAAAUGAAGAUGAAUCAGAAGAAACAAUAGCAUCUAGAUUAGUAAGAAGUUUAUUUGAUCAUUUAUUACCAGGAUUAGAAUCAAAAGAUAAAUAUGUUCGACUUAGAAUAUGUCAAAUUAUUACGUUAGUUAUAAAUUGUAUGGAAGAGAUUGAUGAUGAUUUAUUUCAAUUAUUAAAAAAAGCUCUUGAAAAAAGAUUAAGAGACAAAGAACCUUCUAUUAGAGUCCAAGCAGUGAUAGCAGCAUCUCGUUUUCAAAAUUCGGAGGAAGAUGUGAAUAGCGAUAGUAUUAAAAAGAUUUUUUUACAUCUUAUACAGCAUGAUUCAAAUGCAGAAGUAAGACGUUCGGUAAUUUUGAAUCUUGAAAAAAGUGUAGAAACAUUGCCUUUUAUUAUCGAAAGAGCUCGUGAUACUGACAGUAUAAAUCGUCGAACUAUUUUUUCUAGAACUCUUCCAGAAAUGGGUGAUUUUAGACAACUUAGUAUAGGUAAACGGGAAAAAAUCCUGAGAUGGGGAAUAAAGGAUAGAAAUGAUCAAGUUAAGAAAGCAGCGGUAAAAAUGUUUUCUACAAUAUGGAUCGAACAUGUAAAUAAUAAUCUUCUUGAAUUGCUAGAGAGAUUAGAUGUUAUAAAUAGUAAAAUUGCGGAGGAUGCUAUGAAUAGCUUUUUUUCUAUGAGAAUUGAUGUUGUCAAAACUAUAACUUUUGAUAGUGAUUUUUGGGAAAAUAUUACACCCGAAUCUGCUUUUUUGGUUAGAUGUUGGAAUGAUUUUUGUAUUAAGGAAGGAUAUACCCAUCUUUUAGAAGAAAAAAUUCCAGAAAUAUCACAGCAAGCAUUAUAUAUAGAAAAAAUAUUAGAGAAUUUUGAAAAUAGUACUGAUGAAAAUAAACAAGAGUUAGAAUUUAUACUUGAACAAAUUUUACUAAUUAUAAAAACAACUGACUUUAGUGAUGAAAUGGGAAGAAAAAACAUAUUUAAUAUUCUGCAAAACAAUAUCCCUAAUUUUAUUUUUUCUGAAAAUCUCAUUACUCAUAUGGUAGAAGUCUUUCAAAAAAUAGUAUCAGACGAACGUACUUAUGUUAAACUUUUAAUGGAGAUUAUAUUAGAUCUUUAUGAUUCCUUAGAUAUAAGAACAAAUAAAAAUAAAGACAACAAAGAAGAUACCAGAUCAGAAGAUUCAUUUGUUUCUGCAGUAUCUAAUCAAGAUAAUGCUGUUUCGUAUAUAUCUAUUGAUUCUAUAAUUAAAAGAGAAACAGAAGAAUCUAGUGAAAGUCACAAAACACUUAUUAUUUUUAGGUGUCUUCAUCUUACUCAAGUUAUGCUUGAAAAUAUUGAAAAAAAUCUUCAAAAUAAUUUUGAAUUUAUUGAAAUACUCCAUAAUUUAAUCAUACCAUCUGUAAGAAGUCACAAUGCACCUAUUAGGGAAAAAAGUCUUCGAUGUUUAGGUUUAUGUUGUUUAUUAGAUAAAAAACUUGCUAAAGAAAAUUUGGUUUUAUUUUGUCAUUGUUUGGUAAAAGGACAUGAUUCUUUGCAAAUUGAAGCAAUAAAGAUCAUGACUGACAUAUUUAUGAGUUAUAAAUAUGAUAUUUUUGAUGACUCUUCUACGGAUUUGCAUUCAAUUCAAUUAUUAUAUGAACAAGUAUUACAAAACACAUCAAAUUUAGAUAUAAUGGCAACUGCUGUAGAAGCAGUUGCAAAAUUAAUGUUAACAUCAUUCUUUGAUGAUCCAAAGUUGCUUAAAACUCUUAUUAUCUUAUAUUUUCAUCCAGGAACCGCAUCUAAUUUACAUUUACGUCAAAUCCUUGCUUAUUUUAUCCCUGCUUAUUGCUAUUCUUUACCGAAAAACCAAUUUUGUUUACAAAAAAUAUUUGUAUCUACUUUACAUAAAUUAUCGCAAAUCUUUGACAAUCUAGAAGAUGUCGAAUACAUUUCUUUUUCACAAAUAGCUCUUCAAAUGAUGGAUUGGAUUGAUCCAAAAAAACUAAUCAAUUCAGAUACAUUUAAAAAUCAAUCACAAUAUACUAAAACAAAUGAAAACAUUUAUUUAUAUUUGGCAAAAGACAUUUGUACACAAAUAGCUGAAUCCUACAAUAAAGAAAAACGAACUCUUUGUUCUUUAUUAAAUAAACUUCAUAUUACUUAUGUAUCUGAUCAACAACUCGCCCAUUCCAUUCAAACCAUUAUUAAUACACUUCUUCAGGAAAAUACUUUAGAUUCUUUUACUAAAAAUUCUUUAAAUAAAUUUUCUAAUGCUUUAUAUAAAUUUACUCAAUCUAACCAAACUAAUUAA